CAAAGAAGGCAGGCAAGCUGAGGCAUAAGAUGAUUCUGUUAAAAAUGUUGAAUUAUCGUCAGCUACAUACAUACAGUACCUGCCUCUCAACAAGACCACAGAUAUAUGGUCUAGAUAGUGGCUUGUUGGUACAAGUCGGUUGUUUUUUCCCCUCAAAUCCGGGGUUUGUACUAGUAUCCAUCCUACUGGUACAUACCGUUGGGACCCGUCAAGUGUGUGAACUAACACCCUCGAAAUUUUAACCCAUCAUUGAAGGAAUGUACGGUUCAUGCGCCCUUUCGGUCUUGUCUUGCAGCUUACUGUUAACCGACAUAACCUCUCUCGGGGCUCGGGUGAUCAUCCCGAAAACUUAUCGCCGUUGGUUUCCUCCUUUCGGUGACUUCGUGUGCAUUACAUAUCUCCGACUAUGUAACAUGACAUACUUAUCUUGUUGUGACUAUAUCGUGGCUGAGCGGGAGGGGAAAAGGGAGGAGGAGUGAGGAGAUGGUUGUGCUUAGUUCGGCCGCCGCUCGGAUGAUAGGAUAUGGCAGGUGUCUGACGGACGGUGAGAGAAAAGGAUGAAGGGAAAUACACCGAAGCUUGAAGGACGGUUGUCGCUUUGGGUAUCUACACACCGUAAGAACAAGUGUACAUCUUAGGUGGGCGAAUAGAAUGGUAAUAUUUGCGGAAAAUAAAAGUCGAGGUGAACUGGGAGGUGAAGAGAGAUAAUAGACGACAUAGCAACAUAUCCAAACUGCGUGACUUUACCCAAGGCAGGAUGUUGACAGGCAUAUACACACAUUCAAGACACAGAAAGCAUAGAGUUGUGUGAGAAAAGAACGGA